AUGCAGGCCAUAGGUGUGGCCAGCACUGACACACUUCCUGAUGCCAGCUUCUCAGCAUCAAGUGAACGUACAAAUCUUGAAGCUUUUAAAGGUCGACUGAAUGCAUAUAGGGGAUGGUCACCCAGCAGAAGUGACAGACCUGAUGAUUAUCUACAAAUUGAUCUGCAGUAUGAGUUUCUUAUUUGUGCUGUAGCUACUCAAGGGAGGUCAACUUUUAAUGACUGGACAACUGAGUACAAGUUACAGCUAUCCUUUGAUGGUUCCACUUUUGUGACUUACAAGGAAAACAAUGUUGACAAGGUUGGUUAAAAAAACCAUAGGUGAGAUUGAAUACAGAACUGUAAAAGAUAUUCUUAGAGUUAUUCUAAAGGGAGAUUUUAAGAGCUACAUGUAUGUGAGGGUUUAAGUCUCAAACUCUGAACCCUGGAGAAAACUUGUGAACUUGAAUAAAAUGUGAAAUCUUAAAAUACAUUACUCCUCAUCGUGUACUGAGAGAAAUGAGCAUCUAUAAUGGUGGACAGACAUGCAUGUCUCUAAAAGCAAGGAUCUUAAAUGUUUAUGAUAAGGGCUAUAUUAAAAUCCUGAGUAACUACAAUAUGUAUGCACAAUACCAAGUUUUCUGUCACAAUAUGUAUAAUGUAAAUUGAAUUAACUGAACUUAUAAAGCAGGGAAAAGAGAACACAUUCAGAUACUUUGGUGCACAGUAGCCUCUAAAGUUUUCUAAAGCACUGACUGGCUCACAAGCUGAGGGACGUCAUAAUGACAUUGUUUCAGAGUCUCAUUUCUGUGGCCAACAACAUUAAAAUUGAUUUAUAAAGUUAAAUCAUCAAUUCAUACUUCGUAUUAAUUGUUUUAGACUUUCAGUGGCAAUUCUGGAAGACAUGACAUUGUCAAACACAAUCUCAUAGAUGUGAGGGCAAGGUUCAUUCGUUUCCAGCCUGUCAAGUUUGUUAGAAACAAAGCUUUGAGAGUAGAGGUCUAUGGAGUUCUUAUAUCUAGAGGUAUAUUAUGUUUCAUUUAAUAUCAUUAAGUUUUCACAUUGAGCAAUUUUUAAGGCUAGCACAAUGGUUAAUUUAUUAUAUAGCCUCUUUGGUCAUUGGAUGUAGUUUAUUUUUGUGAACACUCUCUUUAGGGAAACAUCAUGUACAGGUGUUACACUGUACAUUGGCCAAAUUAGGAAUUGGUAUUUUCCACAAAAAAGGUCUUAACCUACAGCUGUAUGACUCCCAAUCAUGGAGCUAGAUAUGCACCUAUGUUAAAUGUUGGUGGUUGUCUGCUUUUCUGAAGGGGUCUACAAAUGGAAAAUUGAUCUGUUUAAGUCUGUUUUUGGAUACAUUAUUUUACCAUUUACAUAAUUAAUCUCAUAUAUGCACUCCCAGUAGUUCCUAAGACCCUACAAAUUAUUAUUUUCCAAUAACACUGUGCAAGACGUUUUACUAACUGGAAGAGUAAGGCUUGAUUGACUUUGAUCUCUUAAAUACCACAUGAAUUGAUUUUUAUGUGCAAAAGAAUGAAGAAUAUUGGUAGCAUUGUUAUUAUUAUUAUUAUUAUUAUUAUUAUUAUUAUUAUUAUUAUUAUUAUUAUUACUAUUGUUAUAUUGUAAUCAAUAUUAUUAUUGCUAUUAUUCAAUUAUCAUUCUGUCUUAAUUUCAGUCCCCUCAAAAGCACCCAGUAAAUUGACUUUAUCUGCAGUCUCUUCUACAAGUAUCACUGCAUCCUGGCAUUUACCUCCUGCAUAUUCCAGACAUGGAAUCAUUGCAGGGUUCAAAUUGUUCUAUAAAAAGAAAGGGUUUAUUGGGUCAAUACGUGUGGAAACUAUCAAUGAUGGAAGGACCUUUUUAGGAGUAAUUAAUGGUCUGGAUAAGUACACAGAAUACGAAUUUCAAGUGUUGGCGUUCACGUCUCAUGGUGAUGGACCAAAGAGUUCAGUUGUGGUGGAGAGAACAAUGGAAGAUGGUAAGAAACUUUAUUGUUUGUAGCAGUUGCACUUCCACUUUUGGUUGGUUUUCAAGAGCCUAUCAUUGUAAAGUUGGGUUGACAUGAAUGAAGGUGCAGUAAUAUGUUUGACUGUGUAUAUAUGUUGAAAUCCUAACAAAAUAUACAUUAGAAAGUUUAAUCCCAAGAAUCUGAUCAUUAAGUUCCUUGUAACUUAGUCAAGAAAAUCUGUUUUCUUUUUCUCUAUUUAGGUCUUUAAUCUAUCUGUUCUUGACACCAUUUUUUGGAUUAUGUUUGAAAACUGUUAUGCAAAAUGCUUUUUAGGUGUCUUAUUUGAAUCAAUAUUAGCAUCCAAGCAACUGCAUAUCUAACCCAACAUUAACCCUACUUGCAAUCAGUUGACUGUUGUUAGGUAAGGAGGAGUAGGUGUGCAGUUGCUCGGAUAUUGACAUUCAUGUAUUAUAUUUGUAAGUUUAUGGAUUAUGCUCACUAUGGCAACUGAAGAUGUAAAAUGUAAAACAUACUCUAAGAAGGUUAUAAUGUUAGGAAUUCUUACAAUGUAUGUUUUAAUCUGCAUUCCUCAUCCUAAUGAUAAUAAAAUUUUAUCUUAAUUUUAGUCCCUUCACAACCUCCUAGUGGCUUAGCUGUAGCAGCCAGCUCUUUUACCAGUGUUUUAGCAUUUUGGCAGUUACCUCCUGAAGACUCCAGACAUGGAAUCAUCAAGGGAUACAAACUCUUUUACAAAGAAACAGGUGGUGAUAUGAGCUCCACAACCGAAUUACUCAUCAACAAUGCAGCAAUUCGGUCCAUAUCUGUCACUGGGCUACAAUCUGGUACAGAUUAUGACUUUCAAGUGUUGGCCUUCACAUCUAGCGGUGAUGGACCAAAAAGCUCUGUGAAAGUCGUGCGAACAGUUGUAGAUGGUAAGACACGGACAGAACAUUCCAUGGGAAUUUCUUUAUCUUUAAAGUAAUUAUUAUUUUACAUAAUAAACCGAGCUAAGUGCAAUUUUAAUUCCUAAAACACUAUUAAUUUCUGACUUUUGCUCUAAUUAUAACUUUUUCUUUAGCACCUGGUCCUCCGGCUUCCCUCAAUCAUACUCUUAAAACACCGACUGAGUCACAUGGACCAAUGAUAACUUUAUCCUGGACAGCCCCUUCACAACCGAAUGGAGUUAUCAGGAAUUACACUGUGUUUUACCACCACAGUGAAGAUCCACUUAAUACUCACAAUGAGACCUUUGGACCAGAUGUCUUUAGUUACACAGUUGAUGUGUUGGGUGGAGUCACCUAUUGGUUUAACGUCAGAGCUGAGAUAAUAAAACCUGGAGAAAACGCCUCUUUAAUCGUUAAUAUCUCAGAAUACAGUAAGUGCAAUGUAGUCUGUCUUACGUGUCUUAUCGAUGUUAACAAGAAGCAAGAUCUUCAUUACCGGCACGUUUAGUUCAGUCGUGUAAUGUGGAUUGUAAAAAAAAUGAAAUUCAAUUUUAAUUAAACCAUAAAAAAUAAGUUUGGUAAGAUUAAAAAAACAUUUUUGGAAUAAACUAAGAUGAACUAGGGUGAUUAUGGACGAAGGAAAUCGACAUGGGUUUCAAAUGACAUGCUAAGGCCGUAAAAACUUCUUAGGGCAUGAUGGUUAACUUUUGACUGAAUUGUUUUCCCUCAGAGCCUAAUAGUGGCCCAGCUAAUGUGUUUUCUGCCUAUGUGAACAAGACCACCUUAAACAUUUCAUGGGCACCUCUACCAAGAGAGCAGAGUAAUGGCGGCAUCAUUCUGUACAACGUCAAAGAAGAAUUGUUGUCUCGGGGAACACGACAGAAAAGAUCACCUCUGAGCGGCAAAACAGUCAAUACAACAGACACAUUCAUUUUACUGAGUGGAUUAUUGCUUUGUUCGCAAUACCAAGUAUCUGUUCGAGCUUAUACCAAAGUAGGUCCUGGCCCAUAUGGUCCACCUUUAGAACUGCCGAGAACGUCGGGUAUGUAGUACGGCAUACAGCAGUUAGAGUGAAUUUAGUAAACCCAAAGCCAGUAACUACAUUGGCCCUUCAAAAUAAAGGAAGAUAUCCCAAAAUUAAAUUAGAACAGUUCAUAAAUAAUAGAGAACAAAAAAGGAAUGAAAUAAGUCAACUUCUUUACAAGGAAAUUUAUGUUUACGCUGAGUAUUAGAAGUAUUUUCGCUUUUCUCAAAGGCCCGGGAACACCUUGGGGGUUAAAUGCAUCAAACGUUGGAGCAACCCAAGUGACACUGGAAUGGAAGGAACCAGAGCUUAUGACAAAAGAAGGUCUCAGCUAUAGAGUGAGUUUCACGAAAGCAAUAAAAUGAUGUUAAACCUAGCGCCACUUUUUUAACUUUUGAUGUCAGCCAUUAUGCGAGGAGCCUCUUGUGUAAUAUUCUGCUGGAAUUUUUUUAGGAUAAGCAGAAACGUACGUGGAUUUGGAAAGUUUGUCUCUCGCGUUUACAGCAAAUGUUGUUGGAAAAGACAGAUCUGACAAUUGUUCUUUUUUUUCUUUCAGUGGUAGUCUUUGUUUGUUCGUUUUUUUCAUGGCGUAUUUCCAGAAUGCAAAACCGUGGUCAGUCUUCUCCUUUUGAACAGGAGAUAUUGUUGAAAAGCUAUGUGAAGUUUCACAUAAAGCUGUCUUUCUUUCUUAAGGUGAAGUAUCUCGGUAUAAAGCCUUAUAAUGGAAGCUUUAGAGAGGAAGGUGUUCAGGACGUUGGCAGUUCCACCUAUUACACCAUGAAAGGUUUAGUUCCAGGUUCAAUCUACGAGUUUCAGAUUUUCGUGAGCUCUGUUUGUGGACUCGGAGAACCCAGAAGAUUUCCUGAUAGGAUCGAAACAAAGAUGACAGGUGAAAUUUGAUUUAUAUGAGCAGUUGCUUAUUAAUUUAAAAGACAGAGUUUUAGACUGAUUUAUUGUUGAGACUACUAAAACAGUAUGAACUCAUUUAAAAACCCUUUCUAUCCAGAAAUAUACGGCUGAUGAAUAUUAACACCUUUUUUUUUAAGAAAUAAUGAGUUAGCUUGCAUGGUACUCGUAAAAAACGAUGAAUUAUGCCGGUCUAAUUUUUGUCAUUGGCUAAUUGUCUUUCACUAAGUUUACCAGGGUAAAAUUUUCAACGGCUCAAUAAUUGACUCUUUUCUUUUUCGCUCUCCAGUUUAGAGUACAUUAGCAUAUAGAUAACACACACAUUUUUCUGAAGAAAACACCUUUUCAAACCUGUUGCAAUUUUCUUGCUUCUCUUUUUCAUUUUAGCCCCGAUCUCUCCAGCUGUACUUUCGGUGACGAAUAAACGUAUUUCGACAUCAACUGUUGUGAUUCGCUUGUGGCCUGCGGAGCAAAGAAAUGGUCCAAUAAGGUGAAUUACUCAUUUUUGGGGGGACUUACAAACCUUGAUCCUAACUAAGAUAAUGCUCCUUUACCUUUACACUUGUCGCCGUCAUUGAAGGGACGCCUGGAUUUUCAAGUUUUGCAGUUCCCAUCCAUGUCGACCUCUCCUUUCAUCACUGUUAUUCUUACUUCUUUGGUAUUUUGUUGCCCCUUCAGGCUAUCUUUCCAAGAUUUUGAUAGAAGGGACAUCUUUUUUACUCAAAUUUCGUUACCUGUAGCUCCUUUAAUCAAAGCUCUCUUUUUAAAUGUUAUUUUUUAAGGUUCGAGUACUUAAGUUAAGUGCAAUGAACGUUAAAAAAUAUUCCAAUUUCCUCUUUUUCAGUUCUCAUCAAGUUAUAGUUCUAAAUGUUGUUGACGGAGUGGAAGAUCUUCCGAUUGAUUUUGCUUCAAAAAUACAAGAUUCAAAUAAUUCCGAGAAAGGGAACCUGAAUUUUUAUGUUGCUGCUGAGCUAAAAAAUAUUCCGGGGAAUGAAAUGUCUUGGGAAUUCAGUGUUGGCGAUGGAAAAACGUAUGGAGCAUACAGAAACAAAGAACUCCAAAUCGGAGAGGACUACAUUGUGUACCAAAGAGCGAUGACUUAUGACAAUGAUGUAAGUAAUUUCUGACAAGUUACAAUCUGCCUGAAGCUUUCACCCAAAUGGCAUUGUAUUCCUAUCACACAUGUAAUACUCUUCCACUGGUUGACCUUAAGGAACCGCAUAGGAAAAAGUAUUGAAAAAGACCCAAAAAAAGCAGGAAAAUGCAACUGUAAAAGACUUAACCCUCAAAGUUUCCAAAGGGAACCUUAGCCCUCCCUAGGAAAGGGAUGACUGGUGUUAGGAUUUUGAAAGCGUCCCGUGUCGCAAUAGGGUGAGAUCGAAAGAUCUGUGAUGGUACACAGCAUGAAAAAAUAACAAAUUUUAUGAAUUUGUAAUUAAGAACAACGCUUUCCCAAAGUGGCAGAUUAUAUCUGCCAACUAUUGGAACUUCCAGCAAAACUGAAAAUGCUACUAUCAUAUAACUACUAAAAGACAAAUUAAGACUAACUUUACCUAUUACGUUCAUAGGUAAUUUUAUAUGGACCAGUCAGCAAGGUGGCAAAAAUUUCUGUCACUGAAGGCAAGAUGAAUACUUAUUGAUAAUUUUGAGUCGAAAUUUUCUUGAUUUUAUCAUUUCACUUUCAAACCUAAUAUUUCUAAAAACAGAGGUACUCAGCUUGAUAAUUACUCUGUAUUCAUAAUUAAAUAUUGACUAACCUUGGAUGGGUGUUCUCCUUUUUUUGAUACACAUGCUGUAGGAUUUGGAAGAAGAGAAAGCUCUAAAUCUGCUAGUAUUGUGCAGAUUGCCGUUCCAGUGGUUCUGGUUAUAGUCUUGGUACCAUUGCUUCUUGUCGCAAUACUGCUGUAUCGGAGGUAUGCUUGACCCGCAUUAAUAGUUUUAUAUAAUGGCUUUGCAAGGUGUAAUUUUCCUGAUGAUGUUCACAAGGGGUAGAAGCAAAUUGUUUCAUGUUCCUUAUGUUGUAAUGGAAUAUCAUAAAAAGAAAAGAGCUUUUUAUGCGUGCCCAGUGUAACUGUGUGUUUCUCACCACCGUUUCAGGAGGAGACGGGCAGAAAAGUCGGGCCCAGGGAAAGACAGUAAUAAAGUACAUAUUCCACUUGGCGAAUUCAGAAUGGAUUCAGUUGAGUCCAACGGAAGAACAGCUGACUUAGUUUAUCAAAACGUGUCUGAAAUUCCUUCAGAUGAAAGUGGUAAGCUAUUGCACUUAGAUAUUUUAUGAAUUAAUGGUUAGUUAAGAGGUUGGAGGCAGAUGAUUCCUUCGCUCGAUUUCUCACUUCUAGGACUAUCUACAAUGUGAAAUCAAUACCGAUCGCCACAUGAAGUUAAAAUGUGAUUGAUGAAAAACCGAUAAUGUACAUCUAUAUGAUUACAUUUUUAGCUCACUAUCACGAGGAAAGGUUUACGACAUAGAAAUGUUAGAAAGGACGUCUUCGUUUAGUCAUAGGAACUAUGCAAUUGUUGUAUUUGUCCGGAACAUAGGACAAAGGAAAGACAUGAGUUGUCCGUUCAAGUGCGAGCGUCAGACCUCUCGAAUUUUCGGUCGGACACUCUACCAAACGAGCUCUAAAGACCUCUUUUGUGAGCAAAAGAACGCUUAUCACGAGGACCAGCAGUAUUGAAAGUUUCUUAAUGAUUCAAUGUGGAAAUAAAGUAGGAAAGAUGGUGAAUUUUGAGAUGGGUUGUCCGAUCAAAUAGAUUUAAAGCAUUUGUCACAAUCGUGAGGCCGAGGAAAAAUCUGGGUCUCUUGUGAGAUUGGGACUAUUAAGCUAAAGGGAAUUACUUUUUAAAUUUAAAUUAACCUCCUUUGAUUCCUCUUCACAGUUGGUGUGAAAGAAUCUCUCCCCAAAGAAAAAGAAUCGGUGUACAGUGAGGCUGAUGAUGGUACGCCAAAACCAAUUCCUGUGGCGGAGUUUGCUCAAUACUUCAAGAACAAAUCAGUCAAUGGAGGCAUUGUGCUGAAAGAGGAAUUUAAGGCAAGGCAAAAAAAUUAUGAUAGCUUUUCAAGGGGAUUUCCAUAAGCUAAUGCCGGUGUAGGUUGAUUUGUCCAUAGAAGGGUAGAAGAAAAUUAUAUAACAACUGUUUCUCAUAAGGUGGAAAAAGCAAAGCGAAUAGAGAGGCUAACGCGCGCAGCCGACUGGUUAAACUGGUCUUUUUACACCGCAAAGUAACCAACUGUCCAAAUAACCAUACAAUAUCGCAGGACAUUUGCACUCUAUUCGCGCGUUAUUUGUACUUUACUUUGUGCAGUUGGAUAAAAAGAAGAAGUACUAUCUGCUUCGACAAGGUUUCUUGCUUUAAUGAAGAGAGUUUCCUUUUGCAAGUCUUUAAUACUGUGUGAUUGUUGCUGUUGUUGUUGGUUUGACGUAAUUAAGUAUAAUUGUAGUUACUGUUUCAUGAUCAUCAACAACAAAUAUGAAUAGUAAUUUCUAAUAAGAUUGCCUAUCCCUUCAAAUCAAAAUAAAUUAAUGUUCAGUCGGUAGAACGGCUUGUGUACUUAGCUGGCUUGGAGACUUAGACAAUUAACUUUUUAUACUUAUUUUUUAACAGAAGUUACCCAGCAUUUUGCCGUUCUCUUGGGACGUUGGCAAAAACAACAAAGUGAAAAACCGUUUUGGAAAUAUUACGACCUGUAAGUGAAUUUUAUUUAUUCUACACUAUUCAGUUGUAUUUUAUGCAAGAAAAAAUUUUUCUAAAUACUCAGUCGCUUGAACGCAGAGUAAAGACAUCAAUUACAAAUUUGCAUUUUAAAAAAAAUCGCUUUGCGGACCCUUAAAUUUUGUGGAAUCCUCUGUUAUCGCAUGAUCGUAGGAAUAAGUUUAACUAAGGGAUUAACUCUUGCAGACGAAGAGUAGGGUGAACCAGGGUUUCCGCGGCCUACAACUUAGUAGUGGUCACUGGGUGAGAAUUAGUUUGAGUACGAGUGAGUCAUUGAGGAGAGAGAUUCCGCUGCGAGAGAUUCUCUGUAAAAACUUAAGACUGGCUCUUUUUCGUGACAGAUGAUCAUUCUCGCGUUGUUUUGGAGAAAAUAGAGGGUGAUCCAAAGUCUGACUACAUUAACGCCAGUUACAUUCCGGUAAGUACAACCCCCAUACCGCGUAGUACGGUCCAUUUUAAAAGUACGUCACGAUAUUUCGAAUUCUCUAUUGUGUUGUUAAAGAAAACUUAUUAUAGAGCAAUUUUCAAUUGACAACAGAGAGUAACUUGGUAUUGCAGUGUCUGGCUUUACUUCCCUUUUUUAUUGUUCCUGUAAAUUCGUGCCACUCUCUCGAUCACUUAGAUUUAAAACUGAAGUCAAUUUUGGACUUGGUUGCUCUUGUUUCCCACGCUUUAGGCAGUUUGAAUGUAUUUUCUUUGAGUUAUCUUUGGCUCACUGACAUAUCUACCUUUAUUCUGCUUUGCUCUGAGAUUAUUAUGUUAUUGGCUUCACAACACUCGAUCGGAAUGCGCUUUUUUGGGAUAAGACUUCAUAAGGGUGGUUUGCUAUGGUAGCCAAACACCAAAUAGUUAAAUAUACUUCAAAAUGGACCAAGGAUUGUUACGGAUGGAGAAUGUAAAAACACAUUACAAACGAAGAACCUAAAAAGUAAGAAACUUAACUAAAAGUAACUCUUCUCUCAGCUUGAUGGGAAAAGCGAACAGAAAAUAUAAACAGCGAAAUUAUCACUUGUGUCUCUAAAUCAAAUCAUCAGUUAUGAUUUAAUAGUAACUUCUAUUUCAUUCUUAGACUGUUGAUGAGGAAUCAAUGAACUACAUUGCAACGCAAGGUAAUAGAAUUUGGUUCUUAUUCACAUUUUCCAACCCACAGUCGGUUGUACAUUUUAUUGUUUUUCUUGGAUAAUUGUUUAAAAAAUACAUCUGUUAUAUCACUGUUGUAAAUCUGUGAUAGAUCUGUAGAGUGAAGUCUGCUUAGGUACGCGUGGUUUGUUUCUAUCAAGUCUCUCAAUACUUUGUUGAUAUUUUUUCAGGUCCAACCUCUACAACAAUCAGUGAUUUCUGGCGAAUGGUCUGGCAAAAUGAUUGUUCUGUUAUCGUCAUGUUAACCAACUUGGUCGAGCUUGGAAAGGUAUUCUUUCUGAUGUAAAAAGUACUUUUCUUUAUUACUCUAUGGGUUCUCUACAGUAUGUUAGUAAACUUUGUCGUGCCCAGUUUUUAAAACAGAACAGACUUAUGCCCCAUUCACACCAAAGCUUAAACAUGUUUAAAAGUUGUUUUGUUAAACACAGUUUAAUUUUUUUUUUCUUCAUAGAAACUAUUUAACCGAAUAUUUUUGACUUGAAUGUAGCACAUUGGAAAUGCAAGUUAAAACAAGAAGUUUUUCAGUUCUCUGUUUAUAAUUUUCAUUCAAUGAAAACCAGUUUAACAAAACAUGUUUUGCUGGUGUGAAUGGGGUAUUAGAAAACGAUACAAAUUGUUUUAUUUUAAAAGACGAGUGAUACAUGUACAAUUUUUUUUUACUCUUUAAGAACAAGUGUAAUCAGUAUUGGCCUGACAGUACUACGAGGUUUGGAUCCAUCACAGUAACACUACUUGGGACGCAAAGCUUCGCUGACUACUGCAUCCGAACCUUAAAAUUAGUCCAGGUAAGAAAAUAUAGAAGAAAACCUAAUUUCCAUGAUGUUUACUCCUUAAAAUAGAGUUAAACGUAAUAUAUUUUUUUUUUCAUAGAAAAUGUUGCUCAUCGUGAUUUUAAAGAUAAAUGAACGUUUAGUCGUUUGUCUUGCAUACUAGCCUGACUCCUACGAGCGUAAUAUUUGUUUGUAGGGCAAUUGAGAUUUUCAUAUUAUGUUCAACGUGUACUUUCACGUUGGAAAUGAAUGACAUUAUGGUCCGGGGAUCAAAUUUACAUUGAUGCAGAGACAUUGACAGCUUUUCUUACCUUACAAAAGCAGUUUAUUUGAACAUAUUGAUUACAAAGCCUAAACUUUAUAACCCUUUAUCUCCCAAGAUCUCAUUUGCAAUUCUCCUUACUGUCUGUCAUACAGUUCUUGUGAUGUUAGUUUCGAGAUCAACUAAUAAUUCCCUAAUUAAUAUUUUCUUUAUUCUCAUCACUUGUCUGUUUGAUAUUGUAUUGAUAUUGUAAGGAGAAAUUCUGUCUUGGUCACUCAUGGGAGUUAAGGUUUAACUCAUAGGAAUUACAGACACGAAAGCUCUCCUCCUCCUUUCCUCUCCGAUUAUGAACGUAGACUGUUUUUUUUUUCAACUGGAGGGUUUUUAUGGUGAUAUAACUUAAGAUUCUCUAAACUAACUCACCGAAAAUUGCAUGCCAGCUGCUAGAAGAGUGAUUCACUGAUUAGAUCUUCGGGGUAAAAUGGUUGCAAUAGGCGAGAUUGUUAAGUGACAACGAUUCUGCACUCUGAAUAACAGAGGUUUUAUGAUACUCAAAAGGCUAUUAUUUUUCAGUGGAAAAUCAUCACCGCCUUUGCAAAGUUGAAGUUUACACAUUGUCAGAAAAUUUUGUACUGACACUUUGAUCGUGAUUCGUCCUUUAAGCCUCAAAAGUAAAAUUAAAAUGAAGUUAUAAGUCUUAAUUUUCAUCGGCAUUAGGGCACAAAGACGCGUGAGGUUUACCAAUAUCAUUUCACCUCGUGGCCAGACAGAGGUGUCCCACACCAUUCGACUGCGUUACUUGCAUUUAGAUGGAAGGUUCAUGUUCGAAAUCAGACCACCGGCGGACCACUCGUUGUACACUGCAGGUACUCUUGAAAAAAAUUGUCAUUUGACAACAAGUGGGUGAGGUGGGAAAACAUGUUAAAACAGCUGCUACGAAUGAAAGUUUUCAGGACUGCUGUGGAGCAGUCUUUACCAAAGUUCUCGAAAACUCAAAGAUCGCAGCUCAGCUCCACUAGAGAGUGCACUAGUGAGGAGAACAGCUGAUCAAGGUCGCCCACUGCAUGGAUUCGCGGCCGUUAACAUUCAAAUACUAGUUAAAUAAUGUCUGAAGGUUUGUUACAACGAGGAAGGAGAUCAAUACGCAUUAAAAAUAAUACAGUAAAUAAUUUUUAAGAUGCGAAAACCUCCUCUUACCUCAGUGGGAUAAAAAGUGGGUACUACACGUGUAGUGUAGACAGCAUUCACCGCGUCUGGGCCGCAGAGGAAUUCAAAAUUGCUGGUCGGCUGAAUUUUUUUUCCUUUUAACGACAUGAUCAUUUUUUGCUUGUGAUCUCUUAUUUGUUUGUUUCAUGACAGUGCUGGUGUUGGUCGAACUGGUACGUACAUUGCUAUCGACGCCAUGUUGGAAGGGCUAAGAAGAAGAAUACUGUGUUCAUACAGAAUUACGUGCAAGUGAUGCGAAAACAUCGCCCUUAUAUGGUGCAGAAAGAUGUAAGUGAAUUUGAUUCAUUUCUGCUGCGAAUGUUGUUGAUGAUUUUUCUGUAGUCACAUGAAAUUGAAAGGACAUUCGAUCGCGAGAUAGGAAGCUGCAAGGUUCGAAUCUUUGUGGGUAAUUCAGUUUCUUGUACAUGGGUAAAUUGUUUUUACAUUCUUCUCGGACAUAGUUAUUGUUGCGUAUAAGGUUUUUAAUUUUUCGAGUGUUCCCGCUCCAGAAGUGUGGGUUAGACGCAGAUGUGAUUAAAUUUGAUAUCUCCGCUGUAUUUUUCAUGUUUGUAAACAAGGAAAGAGUAACGUAAUGAAAGUUUUAUUGCCUUAACUGAACGUUUCUUUAAUUAUUUGUCGUUUUUGUUUGCUAUUUGUUCUGCAUCAUAAUAAUUAAAAGGAGGGAAAUGGGAAAAAUAACAAUUUAAAUGGAAGAUGACGACACUAUAUAUGCGUAAUCGUAUUAUUUGAUGAAAUGGACUAGCAAGAUACAGUGUUUGCUCUUUUUGUUUUUGUGAUUGUUUAGCUUCAUAGUUUUUUGUAUUUAUGUAGACACAGUACGUGUUCAUACAUCAAGCUGUGAUGGAAGCUUUGACCUGUGGAACUACAGAGGUCACUUCUCAAAACAUGCGGAUUAGAAUGAACAAACUUGCCAGGGUUAUGUCAGAUGCCAAACAGACUGGUUAUGCAGAAGAAUUCAAGGUAUAAGUCUACCUCACACUUUCAAAUGUCACCAGUUUCAUAUUAUAUAGUCUAUUGCUAAACGGGCAAACUAAAGUGAAAAGUAUUUGUUCUUUUCAGCGUUUGGAGCUCGUCAGCGACUGUCAAAGCUCACGAGAAGAAUUUGUCGAAGCGUUGAAGCCCUCGAACCUAAACAAGAACAGGUUUUCAAAUAUAGUACCAA